AUGCCAGCGGCCAUCGAAGAGCCCCUAAGCGGAGUCAUCGAGGGCAUCAGCGCUGGAAUGUUCCUCAUCGGAAUGUUGAUCGCUGUCAUCUUCCUCCUCAUCUACAGGCAGAGAGUCCGUAAAGUGGCGGUACAGGAGAGCCCGGUGGUGCGGAUGAGCAUGUGGAAGCAGGUGCCUACAUCAGGGAUGUACGUCGGAGUCAGAAGCAACCGACGCAUCUCGAGCCCCGUCAAAGCAGCCCACUUUGAAUCCCACCUCACUAAGCUACAGGCAGACUCCAACUACCUUCUGUCAGAAGAAUUUGAGGAUCUGAAGGAUGUGGGCCGUAACCAGCCUCUGGAUGCAGCCCGUCUACCAGAGAACAGGGGCAAGAACCGCUACAACAACAUACUGCCCUAUGAUUCCACCAGAGUGAAGCUCUCCUACCUGGAGGAUGACCCCUGUUCGGACUUUAUCAAUGCCAGUUAUAUACCAGGAAACAACUUCCGUCGUGAAUACAUAGCCACCCAAGGCCCUCUCCCCGGAACCAAGGAUGACUUCUGGAGGAUGGUGUGGGAGCACAACGUAUACAACAUCGUCAUGGUGACGCAGUGUGUCGAGAAGGGACGGGUGAAGUGUGACCACUACUGGCCGGCUGACCGCGAGCCUCUGUACUAUGGAGACCUGGUGGUUCAAAUGCUGUCUGAGUCUGUCCUGGCUGAAUGGACAAUCAGGGAGUUCAAGAUCAGCUCUGAGGGUCGUCCCAGCUUCCCUCGGGUGGUGAGACACUUCCACUACACGGUGUGGCCAGACCACGGGGUCCCCGAGACCACCCAGUCCCUCAUCGAGUUCGUACGGACCGUCAGGGACUACAUCGACAGAGCCCCCAGCACUGGAGCCACCGUUGUUCACUGCAGUGCUGGAGUGGGUCGUACCGGCACGUUCAUCGUUCUGGACCGGGUCCUUCAACAGCUGGACAGCAUAGGAACAGUGGACGUCUACGGCUGUGUGUUCGACAUCAGACUGCACCGCUCUCACAUGGUGCAAACAGAGUACCAGUACUCCUUCCUCCACCAGUGUGUUCGAGAUGUCCUGAGAGCCAGGAAGCUCCGUAGUGAGCAUGAGAACCCUCUCUACCCCAUCUAUGAGAACUUCAACCCAGACUACUAUCGUGAUUUUGUGUACACGGGACGUUAAAGACGGUCUGGGUUCCUCUCUUCAGAUUUUGUGUACACGGGACGUUAAAGACGGUCUGGGUUCCUCUCUUCAGAUUUUGUGUACACAGGACGCUAAAGGCGGUCUGGGUUUCUCUCCACACAACUGAGUGAGAAUGAAAUCAAGGGAAGAAUCUGUUAAAUACUGCCAGACAGCCAGUCUGUCACAACUAAAGCACUGCAGGGGGGGAUAUAGCUAUUUAUUUUUGAUACACUGUUGCUUCAACCUCUCAGGAUGUCUAUUUAAAAUGGAACAGAUCAACGUCUGGGAAUAUUGAUGUUAUGUUCACUUACACCUGAAUAUUAGGUUGCAUUCAAUGAGAUGUGAUUAUGAUGUUUUGCACUUAAGCUUCCACAGAACCAUUAUGAGUAUAUUCCUUUUAAUAUUAAUGAUGUAUAAUGAAAAGACAAAGGAUCAGAUAUAAACGCAGAUAUAAUGAUUCAUAUUCAACGUAAUAGAGAAAUAUUAAUGUGAGCGAUCAGGCAAAGCAAUAAGUGGGAUUCUAUGAGACGUGGCGACCCUACAUUAGACAGCAUUAUUAUGACAAGUCUUGACUACCUAAAAGCCUUUCCUGAAGGAACCUUCCUGCAUCCCAAAUGGAACCCUAUUCCCUAUGGGCCCUAAUCAAAAGUAGUGCACUAUAUAGGGAAUAGGGUGCCAUUUGGGACUAUACCCUUUCUGUACAAUAUGUUUCUAAAUCAUAGUUGCUGGUUCGUAAUAAAAAAUAUAAAAAAAUGAACUGGAGUAGACAGACAGACAGCUAGCUGCCUUGACAGCAGCUCAUCACAAUUAUGUCUAGAUCCUUGUGUAAAGUAGCAGACAGACAGUCUGUACAGUUGGUUGUGUCGUGAAUAGUCUGCUUGUCUUUAAACACAGCAUCAGUUCAUGUUGUGCGUGAACCAUUGAGACUGUACAGAAGAUCCAGGAGGAAGGAACAGCAUACUGUUUUGUAGAAUUAUUAUCUCAGCUGCCUAUGUUUUCCAGGGCAAAGAGAAUACUUCACCGGAAAAUAAACACCAACUAGUGUUCGGUUGUCUCUGAGAGAGGUGCCGGUUUACAAGGCGGUAACCUUUUUUUUUGUGGCCUUUCGAACCGGAUAGAGGGAGUGUUCAUGAGAGGGACCGUAUGGGUUUUGUACGUUGACUUCUUCAAAACAUGGACGUUACAAUUCCGUUCGUCCUUUUGGCAUAAAACUAGGCUGAUGGAACUGUCUGUGAACAUACAAACAGUGAUCUUUCUACGUCAAGUGUUGAACUGAGCAGGAGAUCCCUCCAACUGUAUCUGAGCGGGCCAGCUUCCUGAUCUAGACAGGAGAAGGUCUAGAAGUAGGACUAAACUAAAAACAACUGAAGAAACUUCCCACAGUAAGCGAUAUUGGCCAAAUCCUGCUGAGAUCCUGGGGGUAAAGGGAGAGAAAUGAAUAAAAUGCCAACAUCCUGACCCUGUGAGAGGUCUGCGGUGGCUAAGACACUGACCUUUCUACACUACAGGUUUGGGACGUGGCAUUUCUCUCUCUGAGCUUCUCUGAGCCCCUAGCCACUGAAAGAAAGACUGGGCUACAGUAGAGACGGUGUUGGUUGGCACUCUUCCUAUUGUUGCUGAAGAUAUUGCAGAUCUUCAGUAGCUCUCAUUGCAUUAGUAUUUCAAAAUGAAUCUGUAUCAGUAUCUGCAUAUAAAUAGCAAGUACAGAUUGAAUCUCCUCUCCAAUGGCUCCCAUUAUUAUGUUAGUGUAUCAAGAGGAACACUGUCUCUACUCAAUCUAAAAAAAAAAAACAUAUUUAUUUAAAAUGUAUUGGUUAAUUUAAACAUGAAAUACUAGCUUUAAAAACAAAUAGUAAGAGGAUCAUUUUCAGGGAAGCAUUUUGUUUGUAUCAGCUGAUGGAACACAUUCUGACUCCUCCCAGUAGUAUCAGAUGGAACACAUUCUGACUCCUCCCAGUAGUAUCAGAUGGAACACAUUCUGACUCCUCCCAGUAGUGUCAGAUGGAACACAUUCUGACUCCUCCCAGUAGUAUCAGAUGGAACACAUUCUGACUCCUCCCAGUAGUAUCAGAUGGAACACAUUCUGACUCCUCCCAGUAGUAUCAGAUGGAACACAUUCUGACUCCUCCCAGUAGUAUCAGAUGGAACACAUUCUGACUCCUCCCAGUAGCAGGGAUAUUGAAUUUCAUGGGAGAGAAUGGAUUUGCGUUUAGUCCUAUUCCCCUCUUCACAAAAAAAUGCCGGCGCUCGUCAUUGAUUCUGCACCAAAUGACCCCACACAGCAAGUAAGGCAAUUUCUACAGUAUUGUGUAGAGUAGAGCAUCAGUCUCGACCCUCUCACCCCUGACCUCCCCUGUAGGCAUGAAGAUCAUAUUAUAGAGAUAACAUGGCACAGCAACAUCAAAUGUCUCCAUCUGUUCUCCUCCCUGCUGAGAGUUGAGUGAAUUUAAUAGUGUGUUAAGCUCCACUGUGGAUUCCUCAAAAGUUUUUCAUUGCAGAAAUCUAUAUCAAUCCCCCUCCCUCCUGUCAAGCCAAUACGCUCUUAGAUCCCCAAUGACCUUCUAGAACACCUUUCUCUGAGUUGAACCUGAGCAUGGUUCAUGCCCAUACAGUAGCUAAAACUUAACGUGAAGGCGGUUGGCUUCCUUAUUGAUAUUCUCCCAUCGUUUCUGUAUUGCUGUUACCACGCUACUACCUCACUCACCAACCAACUGUUGGUCUGCAGGGGUUCCUUCCAACCAAGGCCUUGAGAAAGAACAAGGAGAUCAGGGAGAGAUGGGUUGGAGGCCAAUCAGAGGAAUUAACUGUAUUCUAACUGGAAGUCGCUCUGGAUAAGAGCGUCUGCUAAAUGACUCAAAUGUAAAAUGUAAAUGUAGAUAAGUCAUGGUAUAGGCAUGCCGUAUGUAUAAUUUACAGUAUGUAUCAUUUACAGUAUCAUUUACAGUAUGUAUCAUUUACAGUAUCAUUUACAGUAUGUAUCAUUUACAGUAUCAUUUACAGUAUGUAUCAUUCCACAGGACCUAUGGGAUGGUUGUGCAUCUGGAAUAUGAACAUAACUUAAACUAUUUUAAAGUAUGUUCCCUAGCCUAGUAUGUUCCCUAGCCUAGUAUGUUCCCUAGCCUAGUAUGUUCCCUAGCCUAGUAUGUUCCCUAUCCUAGUAUGUUCCCUAGCCUAGAAUGUUCCCUAGCCUAUCCUAGUAUGUUCCCUAGCCUAGAAUGUUCCCUAUCCUAGUAUGUUCCCUAGCCUAUAAUGUUCCCUAGUCUAGUAUGUUCCCUAUCCUAGUAUGUUCCCUAGUCUAGUAUGUUCCCUAGCCUAGUAUGUUCCCUAGCCUAGUAUGUUCCCUAGCCUAGUAUGUUCCCUAGCCUAGUAUGUUCCCUAGUCUAGUAUGUUCCCUAGCCUACAGCACUACAUCUCCACAAGGUCUUACUAACAGCUUAUAUCAGCACAGUGUCUGAUCUAGGAAAGUAUCAAACUGUUUAUCAUUUCUUUAUUUUAAAGUAGAGAAUUAUCCUGUUUCUUUUCUAUUCAUUUGUUUGUUUUUCAUAAUCAUACUGCUGGCAAUGAGGAGAGAGGUGUUGAUGCAUGUUCCUGAUUGGUCUCUAAGUCUGUUUCCUGUCUCUUGUUAAUACGAUGAGGCAAUCUGCCAACUCAUUACGUUCAGCACAUCGUUAACUAUGAACCGUUCAUCCCUCUGGAGAACUAAAGUUAUAUUAAUGAAUCACUGAUGUAGGCUGCAUCCCAAAAAGGUAAGGCACCCUAUUCCCUAUAUGGUGCACUACUUUUGACCAGAGCCCAUUGGGCUGUAGUUAAAAGCAGUGCACUAUGUAGGCAAUAGGGUGCCAUUUGGAACACAGUCACAGUGUGAUUAAUCAUAUGAUUUUUAUCUCUCCAGAGCAGCGUCUGACUCUGUGAGCAUACUGGUAAAGUAAGGAAGCCUUGUCCAAGCCAGAACGGCCCAAACGGCAGGAGCCUGUCUCCUGUUUCUGAAGCGUGAUGCAACUUAAUGUACCAGUACACCCCCUGGACAGGACGCUAGUCUGUCUGACUACACUGGUAUAGAUGAAUGUACCAGUACACCCCCUGGACAGGACGCUAGUCUGUCUGACUACACUGGUAUAGAUGGUAUAUUUGAUUGCAUGAACAUAUUGUGACCACAACAACAGUAAUAUGACCUAUAGCAACAGGGAAGAGAAGUGCUUCUCUGUCGUGUUGUGUUUGCACUGGAUCAAUGUGAAUGAAUGUAUAGAAUGUUAUGUUGUAAAUAUGGCUUAUUUUGUAACCCAUGUUUAUCCAUGUGUAUUGGUUGAUAUGAUAAGCUAUGUAUUAUGCAUGUAAGUAAAAAAGCUAAAGAUUGUUUUGAAUAUAUGAUUACAUUAAUAAUGACAAGAAUAUGCAACCAUGUUAAAUAUGCUAAUCAUGUACAAUAAAAUAAGAAUGCAGA